UCGGUCCCAUCCUCUCAGCACAAACAGCCAAACAGACAGACAGACAGACAGCCAAACAGACAUUCACACUCAUGAACCGAGGCAGUGAGUGGCCGUGAUUGUGUCUCUAUUGUGCGUAGCACUAGAACAGAGACACAAACACCACAGCCGCCUCCCAUCAACCCAUCCAUCCAUCCAUCCAUCCAUCAACUGCCGCACGAGUAGUCAUGCAGCCAGCCAGCCAGCCACUGCGUUGCAUCCGUACGUCUCGUUAUCCCUCUUGUACUGUACAGGGCCGCCCACCCAGCUAACGAGAAACUCUGUGUGUAUGGAAUUUUGAGAGAGAGAGAGAGAGUGUGUGUGUGUGUGUGUGGAGCCUAGCCUAUCUUUGCUCUCUUUCUCUUGGCCCCCCCUCCUUUUAUUCUUCUUGCUCGUGUUUGAUGCGGCGCACCUCAAAGGCAUCGCUGUCAUCGCCGUCAGGGGGCGACACAAUGAAGCGACCCUUGGAUGCAUCACUCAACACACGCAGCAGGUUGUAACGGGGAGGCGGACGAACAGUCAGAGCCACACAGUCGAGACAUGAAUUGGCGGUAAAGGCCUCGGCGACACACUCGGCAAAAGAGCGGUGCAUCUCCUUGGCCCUGCUCUCACUCAGACCUGACGCCCGACCUCCCCCACUUGUCAUGCUGAUCUCCACCUCGAUGCGGCUAACUCGGCCACUCUGCAUGAGGCCUCUCUCCCUCUCUAUGCCUGCCCCAGCCCCCGCCCCCUCCCCACCCUCCCCACCAUAGAGCGACCAGCUGAUGUAAUGGCUGGUCGAGUUGGCCUUCUGCAGGUUGCCUAUCGUCACAUGAAAGGCUACCGUGAGCGGCCUGCCGUCCGUGGCCAAAACUCCGACACACGUAGGGAUGAGACAGAGCUUGGUGUGCGGGAUGGCGGCCACCGUCCUACUGAAGGUGACGCGCUCGAGAGAAGGCAGCUUUGGCAGGAUGCUACCCACCCCCCCGUCAUAGAACCCCGCCCCCUGCUCCUGGACCACGACUGCCUCGACGGCCGGGAAGGCGACGGCAGGGGUGGCGACCACGUAGGGGGGGAGUGGAUGCGUGAAGGUGUCGGGUGCCCGCUGGAUGGUCAGCUCCUUUAGGUUGCCGCACACGAAGGCGCCCACUCCGGCAUGGCUCUCCUCCGCUGCGCUUGCGUGUGUGGUGAGGAUGACGGUCUUCGCCUGUGCGGCGAGGACCUCCAGUGUGGGGAGGCACGGAGCCAGGUCGGCCGCAGCGCCCGAGAGGGGGAGGCGCAGCUCGACGGGCGCUGGGGGCAGGAGCAUCUGCCAGCGGCGAGUGGGAAACCUUCGCCGCUGGUCGCCCACGUACGUCUCGGUGGCGUUGGGGGCCAGGCACGUUGUGCGAAACUGGUGCAGACCCUGACGCCACAUACACACAGAGACACACCAAUGCGAUACACACGUGUUGUUUUUAUGUGUUGUGAUGUUGUCUUCGUUUUGUGUUUUGAUGUGUACCCGAACGAUAUCGACUUCUGCGACUACAGGGCGGUCGUCGACGACGAGGCCGGCAGCUGGGCGGGGGAGUGUCAUCUGUACGUUGCGCAAAGCCACAACGUGGUCUCUGAAGCGAUCCUCACCGCCGUAGUCGACGCCCGAAACAUUCGUGAGAGUCGAGGCUGAUACACAUACACACACACACACACACACGUACGCACGCAGGACGGAUGCCUUCGAUUACAGCCUAUAAGGCCUUCGUGUGCAUGUUCAAGGGGGCUGACCUGAGAUGGUGCCCUUGACGAGGUCGCCGACAUCGUUGAGGUACCUCUUGGUGGCAUGCCGCUCGACGACGACCGACCUGAGGCCGGCUGAUGCCCGCUCCACCCAAACGCGAGGGGCCGCCGAAGCUGCGAAACUGUAGUGCACGAGCUCAACCACACCCAAUUCCGUCAGCGCCGGCAACUGGUAAUCACGGUCCUGAAGGCACACACACAUACAGACACACAUGCAGAGAGAGAGAGAGAGAGUGCGUUUGUGUAAGAGACGAAGGGAAGUGUGUGUGGCAGUUCUCGUUACCUGAGCGAUUUGGCCCCACGAUCCGAGCACGAAGGCCUUGCGCAGGUGGGGGAAGACCAGCGGCUCACCCCGCGGCUGCAUCUUGAUGGGCUCACGGUACAAGCCGCCUCCGAACUCAUCAUCCCAGUCCCUCCUAAGGCAGCCAUCUGGACGAACGAAUGCACACGGGCAACAGACAAGAGAGAUGACAUUUGUGACCUCCUGGGCACGCACUCGCUCUGUAUCACCUUGGCCUUUAGGGGCCGCUCCGUGCAGGCGGACCUCCCUGAGGGUCGCUGCCAUGGCCUCGAGCAGACGCACCAGGGAGGGGGUCACCUUGAGGUUGUUGAUGUGCAGAUACAUGCACGACGAUAGCAGCUCUGAACAGCAUGAAGGGAGAACCAUCAUAUGAUGAUAUGGAUUCAGAAACCCUGCGUGUGUGUUCCUCUCUUCUUACCUGUCCAUUUGGCGGCGGUGUCUGGUUUGGGGUUGCGGUUGAGCUCGACUGUUGGGUGCAUGGCGGGCUGCUGGGUGGUGAGGGAGUGGAAGUGCGCGCUAACGGACGAGAGGGACUCGAUGCAGAAGAUGAAUCCCAGGAAGCCGCCGAUGCCGAUGCGCUCGUCGUCGCUCAUCCACAGGAACUCAGGCAGAUUCAGCAGAAACGAAUGCUCCUGACAGAGGGAAAGGGAAGGCAACAUUGCCACAACAACGGUAUCGUCUUGCCCUCCCUCUUUGCGCGUUGCAUGUUCCACGUACCUCGUUCUCGUCUUGGUUGAGAGUGUUCAUCUGGUUGUGGAUCAUGUCCAGCUUCUUGACGAGCUCUUCCGUCUGGCCCCUGGCAGUGAUGGCCGUGCUGUGCAGCUGUGCCUCGGUGUCGCGACACCCCAUGGAUAUCAGACCACGACACUGUUGCUCAACGGCCUGACACAGACAGACAGACAGACUCACAACAAGAGGGGAAAAUGGACGUGGGAUUGGUUUGUGCUGUCACCUGUAUGCGGAGAUUCUCGCCGUAUGAGUGUGCAGGCGGGAGGGCAUCCAUCGCGGCCAACACAGAAUGGGCCUGAGAAGAGACCAGCGCACACAACAAAGCCAACGACACGUGAAUGCCGCGGCUUCUCCACCCUCCUCCCUCCCCUUGACCUUUUUACCUUGGCCCUGGCCUGCUUGACAUACACGAACUGCUGUAUGAGAGCAUCAGCCACGCCGUCGAGCGCGGCCAGCAUGUCGCCAGGACCCUUGGCCGCCACACCAGCCGCCGCAUCCUGAUGCAUGCAUCAAAACACACCACAACAACAAAAUACAUCCAUCCAUUCUGUGUGGACCGUCCUCUUUGUACACACGUGCGGCCCGCUACCUCCAUAUCAUCAUCGGCAGCCCCUCCCGCCCCCUCCCCCUCCGCCUCCUCCUUCAUCCCAUCCUCCAUCUUCACCCCGUUGUGAUCACCCCCCUCCCCCUCCUGAUGGGCCUCCGGCUUGACCGCGGCCUUGCCCUUGGCUGUGUUGGCGCGCCGCUGCUUCUUGCUGGCCGCGGCCGCCUUGCUGCGCCGCGUCAUGACCUCCUCCUCCCAGUCCGACACCCCCUCCGAUGGACUGCUGCUCUCAGCCAUGACAUCAUGCAUCUCAUCAUCAUCAUAAUCAUCACCAAGACACUCGCGCUUCGUGCGAUGGCGUGCGGAUGCAGCUGCUGCCGCCAAGGCAGCUUUGCGUUUGGGGGGUCGCUGACGGCCGCUCUCGCUAUCCAUCACGCUACCCGGCUACUGUGCGACAAAAGGCACGCG